CCAGAGGCGUUCUCGGCUGCUUCCCACUUCUUUCCCCGCCUCUGGGCCUCCGCACUGACGCUGCUCGGGCGGGAGCGGAGCCGUAGCAGGAUCCGGAGCCAGGGCCAGAGCCGGAGCCGCGGAGACGUGGAAACAUGGAGGCCUGAACCACCGUGCGCCACCCCGGCUGCGGCGGCGACCGAAGCUUGUCCUGUCCCUUCUGCCACCCACUUGUCUGUCUGUGAGCUGGAAGCCGAUCUCCCCGUUGGCUGGGACAGGUGGGCUGUGGCGCCGCCCCUGGCAACGCGGCCCUGGAAGCCCCAACUGGGGCCUGCACCCCUUGCCAGAGCAGGUUGUCUUGUGGAAAUGAAGGUUUAAGGACAAGUUGUCUAUCAGAUUAGAAGAUGGGAUCGAACAGCAGCAGAAUCGGUGAUCUUCCUAAAAAUGAGUACUUAAAAAAAUUAUCAGGCACGGAAUCUGUCUCUGAGAAUGACCCAUUCUGGAAUCAGCUUCUGUCAUUUUCUUUCCCCGCACCAACUAGCAGUACCGAGUUGAAGCUCUUGGAGGAGGCAACCAUUUCAGUCUGCAGGUCUUUAGUUGAAAACAAUCCACGAACAGGAAACCUUGGUGCACUCAUUAAGGUCUUCCUUUCUAGAACCAAAGAACUAAAACUUUCAGCAGAAUGUCAAAAUCACAUCUUCAUUUGGCAGACACACAAUGCUUUGUUUAUUAUUUGCUGUUUGCUGAAAGUGUUCAUUUGUGAGAUGUCUGAGGAAGAGUUGCAACUUCAUUUUACUUAUGAAGAAAAAUCUCCUGGCAGUUACAGUUCUGACUCCGAAGAUCUUUUGGAAGAAUUGCUCUGCUGUUUGAUGCAGUUAAUCACUGAUAUUCCACUCUUAGAUAUUACAUAUGAAAUAUCCGUAGAAGCUGUGUCAACAAUGGUGGUUUUCCUUUCCUGCCAACUGUUCCAUAAAGAAGUUUUGCGACAGAGUAUCAGUCACAAGUAUUUGAUGCGAGGUCGCUGUCUUCCAUACACCAGCAAACUUGUGAAAACCUUAUUGUAUAACUUUAUCAGACAAGAAAAGCCUCCGCCUCCAGGAGCACAUGUUCUCCCCCAGCAGUCGGACAGCGGGGGACUGCUGUAUGGACUGGCCUCAGGAGUAGCAACUGGACUCUGGACUGUCUUCACACUGGGUGGUGUGGGCAGCAAAGCAGCUGCUGCUCCAGAACUUUCUUCCCCUCUGGCCAACCAGAGUCUCCUGCUUCUGCUGGUGCUGGCCAACCUGACAGAUGCUGCAGACGCACCAAACCCCUACAGACAGGCCAUCAUGUCCUUCAAGAAUACUCAAGAUAGCAGUCCUUUCCCCUCAUCAAAUCCACAUGCUUUCCAGAUUAACUUUAACAGUUUGUACAUGGCCCUCUGUGAACAGCAGACAUCUGAUCAAGCAACCCUCCUUUUGUAUACAUUGCUGCAUCAGAAUAGUAAUAUUAGAACAUACAUGUUGGCUCGUACAGAUAUGGAAAAUCUUGUUUUACCAAUUCUCGAGAUUCUGUAUCAUGUGGAAGAAAGAAAUUCACACCAUGUGUAUAUGGCCCUUAUAAUAUUGUUGAUCCUUACGGAAGAUGAUGGCUUCAAUAGGUCCAUUCACGAAGUGAUAUUAAAAAAUAUUACUUGGUAUUCAGAACGGGUUUUAACUGAAAUUUCACUGGGGAGUCUUCUGAUACUAGUUGUAAUAAGAACCAUUCAGUACAACAUGACAAGAACCAGAGACAAGUACCUUCACACAAAUUGUUUGGCAGCUUUAGCCAAUAUGUCGGCACAGUUUCGUUCUCUCCAUCAGUAUGCUGCCCAGAGGAUCAUCAGUUAUACCUGCCGCCACUUGCGGAGAUAUGUUUAUGUGUUGGACAAACUGUAUUUCCCCCACUCUCACUGUUCUACGCUUCAGCAUUGCUUCUCGACCCUCAGUGACAAUGGAGAGGAACUCUUGUCUUUAACUUGCUCUCACAUUCUCAGAUCCUAUGCUUCCAGCUUGUUUUCCUUGCUGUCCAAAAAACACAACAAAGUUCUGGAACAAGCCACACAGUCCUUGAGAGGUUCACUGAGUUCCAAUGAUGUUCCUUUACCAGAUUAUGCACAAGACCUAAAUGUCAUCGAAGAAGUGAUUCGAAUGAUGUUAGAGAUCAUCAAUUCCUGCCUGACAAAUUCUCUUCAUCACAAUCCAAACUUGGUGUAUGCACUGCUUUACAAACGCGAUCUCUUUGAACAAUUUCGAACUCAUCCUUCAUUUCAGGAUAUAAUGCAAAAUAUUGAUCUGGUGAUCACCUUCUUUAGCUCACGGUUACUACAGGCUGGAGCUGAGCUGUCAGUGGAACGGGUCCUGGAAAUCAUCAAGCAAGGGGUUGUCGCGCUGCCCAAAGACAGGCUGAAGAAAUUUCCAGAACUGAAAUUCAAAUAUGUGGAAGAGGAGCAGCCCGAGGAGUUUUUUAUCCCCUACGUUUGGUCCCUGGUGUACAACACAGCAGUAGGCCUAUACUGGAACCCGCAGGACAUCCAGCUGUUCACCAUGGAUUCCGACUGAGGGCGGGACGCUGCCUCCCAGCCUGACCCCCUCCAGCCAAGCAGCUCUUCUAGUGAUGUUUUUCUGGGGAACAGAGGUAGACAGAGUCCCUGGCGUGUCUUCCAUUGAGGAGGAUCACACUGGCGUGUUUCCCUUGCACACUCGGGUUUGCAGAAUUGGUGCCAGUUGGCAGUAGAUCACUCAGUUUAGAUGAUAGCGUGGGGGGUGGGGGCACAGAACAAUAAUAAAUGUAAAAACCUGCCGUUUCACAUGCAAUUUUAUUUCUAAACCAAAAAUCAUGAGCUUUUCUAGAAACCUGAUGCCUUAGGCAUGUAACACUUUACCAACACAUACUUUUUUUUUUUUUUUUUUGCAUGUUCAAGCUUUUUGUUUUGGUCAUGUGUGUGUGCAUGUGUUUCAACAUUAAGAAACAUCAGUCUGAAAAGAUGACAUGAGUUAAUAAGAAAAUGAAGCUGUGUGUGUGGUGUAGUUGCCUUUCAGAGGGCCCGUGAUGUCAGCCAGAGCAGUUGGAUCUAAGCCUUUAGAUGCUUGGCCUCUUUCCCUCAAAGAAAAAAAUGGAUCCUUCUCGUGAAGCCCAGAUUAGCUUUUCUGUGGAUUUGGCCUCUGAGCUGUAGCUGAAUUAAAUUGGAGUCUAGCACAAA